CCCGCCCGCGGGUCGCUGUUCCCCGGGCAGCAGGGGAAUGUAGAGCAGUGGAUCGGGGAGGCGGUCCGGGCGCGGAGCCCGAGAACAGAGCACGGUCAGAAGAGGAAUGGAUGUAACAUGAUACCGUUGCAGCGCUCAAAACACACAAAUUCUGCGAAGAUUUGUUAUUUCAUUAAGUAAUAGAAGGAAAAUGGAUGAAUCGGCUUUGCUGGAUCUGUUGGAGUGUCCUGUUUGCUUAGAACGCCUUGAUGCUUCUGCGAAAGUGCUGCCUUGCCAGCACACGUUUUGUAAACGCUGCCUGCUGGGCAUUGUGAGCUCUCGCAAUGAGCUGCGAUGUCCCGAGUGCCGGACUUUAGUGGACUGCGGUGUUGACGAGCUCCCCAGUAACAUUCUGCUCGUUAGACUACUGGAUGGCAUCAAACAGAGGCCUCGAAAACCCGGUGGGACUGCUGGCACAAACGCGUUAAGGGUCCCCAUCAACACUGUAGCUAAUUGCGGGUCAAAGGACCUGCAGAGCUCGCAGGUUGGACAGCAGCAAAGGGUGCAAGCACGGAGCCCUCCUGUUAGGGGUGUACCUCAGUUACCAUGUGCCAAAGCAUUGUAUAACUACGAGGGAAAAGAACCUGGAGAUCUUAAAUUCAGUAAAGGAGACAUCAUCAUUUUACGUCGACAGGUGGAUGAAAAUUGGUAUCAUGGAGAAGUUAAUGGAAUCCAUGGCUUUUUUCCUACCAAUUUUGUUCAGAUUAUUAAGCCUUUACCUCAACCUCCUCCUCAGUGCAAAGCACUUUAUGAUUUUGAAGUAAAAGACAAGGAAGCAGAUAAAGACUGUUUACCAUUUGCAAAGGAUGAUGUUCUGACUGUAAUUCGCCGUGUGGAUGAAAACUGGGCAGAAGGAAUGCUGGCUGACAAGAUAGGAAUAUUUCCAAUUUCAUAUGUUGAGUUUAACACAGCAGCCAAACAGCUGAUAGAAUUGGACAAGCCCUCAGGUUCUGCUGUUGAUUCUGGAGAAGGUACCUCUGGGGCAGCCCACAACAAUUCAACCCAAAAGCACAGCGAUACUAAGAAGAACACCAAAAAACGACACUCUUUUACCUCCCUCACCAUGUCCAACAAGGCUUCACAGUCUUCUCAGAACCGCCACUCCAUGGAAAUCAGUCCUCCUGUCCUCAUCAGCUCCAGCAACCCCACGGCAGCAGCCCGCAUAAGUGAGCUGACGGGACUGUCCUGCAGUGCCCCCUCUCAGGUUCACAUUGGCACUACAGGGCUUAUUGUGACUCCACCCCCCAGCAGCCCAGUCACAACAGGGCCUUCCUUCACCUUCCCCUCAGAAGUUACCUACCAAGCUGCUCUUGGUAAUAUGAAUCCCCCACUUCCGCCACCACCUCUCUUGUCUGCUGCAAUCAUUGCAUCGGCCACUUCUGGACCUCAAUCUACAAGUGUCAUACAAAGGUCUGCAUCAGGAUCAACUGACCAAGUGGCACAUUUACGACCACAAGCUCGUCCAAGUGUGUAUGUUGCUAUCUACCCCUACACUCCUCGAAAAGAAGACGAACUGGAACUGCGGAAAGGAGAAAUGUUCCUAGUGUUUGAACGCUGCCAAGAUGGCUGGUUCAAGGGAACUUCCAUGCAUACAAGCAAGAUUGGUGUUUUUCCUGGAAAUUACAUGGCUCCAGUUACAAGGACGGUGACAAGUGCAUCACAAACAAAAGUUCCCAUGUCUACUGCUGGCCAAACAGGACGAGUGGUGACUAUGGUCAGCCCUUCCACUGCUAGUGGAACAUCCCAGAAGCUCCAGGGGAAUGGUGUGGCAGUGAACUCCAGCUCAGUACCCACAGCAGUGGUUUCUGCAGCACAUGUCCAAACCAGUCCGCAAAGCAAGGUCCUUAUGCACGUGACAGGACAAAUGACAGUCAACCAGGCUCGAAAUGCAGUUAGAACAGUUGCCUCACAUAGUCAAGAAAGACCUACGGCAGCCGUCACACCCAUACAAGCACAAAGUCCAACAUGCCUUAUUCCUGCAGCUGUGAUCAUUCCCCACCACUCUGUUGCCUCCCAGCAGCUCCAGCCCCAGCUUCCAAAUACUGCUGCUUAUGUCACAGCCGUGAAUGUGAACCGUUCAACCAUCCCUCUGGCAUGUACAGCAGCUUCUUUGAAUUCUAACAUUGCUGCUUCAUCUUUGGAGGGAGAUGCCAGUGGAAAAACAGCAAACACACACCCUGGAGCUCCUGCAUCUCCAGAGAGUGCUUUAACAGCUGGUGGAAAUGCUGCUGUCAGUAAAACAGAUAAGGAUGGCAAGAAAGAAAAGAAAGGCUUGCUGAAACUGCUUUCUGGAGCAUCCACCAAACGCAAGCCUCGACUGUCCCCGCCAGCAUCCCCCACCCUGGAGGCUGAGCAGGCAGCGGCAGAGCUGGCCCUGCAAGGUGCAGUGGGGCCAGAGCUGCCGUCAGCAGGCGCUCACAGCAAGCCUGGCUCCUGUCCUGCCGACAGCGAGGCCCCUGGGCUGGCACAGGAGGCCCUGCAUCGCAAAGCCGCUUCCCUGGAUCCCUCCAUCCCCGUCGCCCCGCCGCCGCGGCAGCCUUGCUCAUCCCUGGGGCCGGUCCUCAAUGAGUCCAGGCCUCUUGUGUGUGAGAGGUACAGAGUUGUGGUAUCCUAUCCUCCUCAGAGCGAAGCAGAACUUGAACUUAAGGAAGGUGACAUUGUUUUUGUACACAAAAAACGUGAGGAUGGCUGGUUCAAAGGCACUCUGCAACGAAAUGGAAAGACUGGCCUUUUCCCUGGCAGCUUUGUAGAGAACAUUUGAGAAGGUUCAUUCCAAGAGCUUCAAAUCAUACUGUACUGUAAAAUAGCACAAAUAUUUUGCCAGAAAAAGCACAGUCAUGAAAUAUUUUCAAAUGACUGUAAUGUAAACAAAAAUCUACAUAUUUUUACAGUGUCUAUAGCACAAUUACACCAGCGAACAAAGGAGAUGAAGGCAUCUGCUGGUUUUAUCACUUUGAAUUCUUAAGUGUGAUGUGUGCCUUGUACUGUCUGAUUUACUAUAUAGAGGAAUUUUUUCCCCAAGUAUGUUACAUAAAUGAGCAAUUGUUUACAAGGCUGUAACUAAUUUAUUCUUGUUUUUUUUUUUUAAACUUGAAUUUUGUGUAAUAGCUAAAAUUCUUGUGACUAUGAUUUUAACAAAUUAUUAAUUUAUGAAAUAAUAACAAAGGGGAAGCUGGAUUCUCUCCUUAUGAGCAAGCAAUUAUAUCUGAUAAAGAGCCUCCCAUUUAUCCUCUGGACAUUUUUCCCCUGCUGUGUCUGACAGUGGAGUAAGUCUCUGUUGUAUGAGUUAAUGUUGAGUGGUGGUGAUGUGGCGUCAAAUAGAAUUUGCCAAAUGGGGAAAAAAAUGUAUUUUCUUCUUUGGACAGAGAAAAAAAGUCAGUGGUGUACUUGAGUCUAGUUUUACUUCUUCAUGAAUCACCUAAGUAGAGUAAUGUUUUCAGGAGGCAAAGAUGUAUGUGAACAACUGAACAAAGCCAUCUCAAGGUUAGGAUCAUCUCAAGGUUAGGAAAGAAGAAAUUUAGGAGUGCCAACAAGAAAUUCCCUAUACCUUCUGUUCAUAUGAUAACUUGGCUAUUUGAACAAAGCUUAGCUUUGUAUAUUUGGCCAGUUCUUUGGGCAUUUAGCGCUCAGCAUCCAACUAAAUUGGAAGGAAUGUUAAAGCCCAACACUUAGAAUGAAUAUAACUUGACAACAUCUGUUUGAUAAGACUGAAUAUAAAAAUAAAAUUAUAAGUUGUACUUAAUGUCUAAAAAUGCCUAAGAUGUGUAAUUUGCUGUUUUCUUCUCAAAAUGAUCUGCAUGGCCAAGAGAUGUUUUAAAAUGUCUGAGCAGUAGUGGUGGUAAGUGAUGCACUUGUGUUAAAGUAAAAGGCUGUAUGAAACACUGUGAAAACUUUACAAACUUCUUAACCAUUGCUACUUUGCUAUGUUCUGACUUUUUCUUUGUCUUGCAUGUGUUACUCAAUUCCUGCAGUAAUGUAACUGUGCAUGGUUGGCAUUUUCCAUCCCAAUUUCCUGUUGCUGGGCUAUUUUGCUCUGAAAGUUUCCCAAAAGCCACUUGACCAAAACUAGUGAGCAACUUACCUUCAACCAGAGAAGGUGUCCAGUGUUUGAGUCAUUAGUGAAAUUUUUUUAAUGUUGUCCUUGCAGCUGAUGGAUAGAAAGAAUGCAGCCUACAAGAAAUACGUUGUUAGUCUUUCAGGGGUUUUUUUUAGAGAUUUCACACUGGUGAACACACGCGCUGCUCAGCUGAACCUGUUUUUUUACUUUAUUGUUUAAUUAUAGCAGUUUAGUGGUGAUUUUUUGUAAGACACUGAGCACCAUCAUCCAUUUAAAUCCAUUAAAUCUGAUGUUAUUUGGCUGUUACUCAGCACUUUACAAAGGGAAGCCAGUAAGGUGAUUCAGUGUCGCACAGUACACAGAAACAGUGGUCUGUUAAAUACUUUUAAUUUUCUUGAAGUUAUACAUAGAAAAAUAUCAAAGUUAAUGACAGAGAUGUUUUGCAAUAUCAGGUAG